CACCAGGUGGCAGCUCUUAACCGAGAAUGCCGCAUUUUUUACGUAAAACUUAUUUUCCAUAAAAGCAACAAGUUCGCCGUGCUCUUUAAGUGGAUAAAAUUUAAUCUUCUGCAAGGAGGAGAAGGACUACCAUCAGGACCAUGAUCUACACCACCACGCUGCUGUCGUCGCGCGGCGGCCUCAUCGGCUCGCUGAUGAACAAAGUCAGGCAAGUUGUAGCCAAAGAUUGGCCACCCAGUGCUCCAUCUCGUGCCAAUGACACCGACAACAGAAACCUCACACCCCCUAGGCCCCUGGCAGCCGCCGGCAUCAGUAACUCCCCGGCGGCGCAGUCGAAAACGCUGGAGGAGCAGGUCGGAUUGCCGCCGCGGCCCAAGAAACCGCUGACGCCCUAUUUCCGUUUCAUGCGAGAGCAGCGACCCAAGCUGAUGGCCUCCAAUCCCAAGAUCACCACCAUCGAGGCGGUGCGCCAGCUGUCGAAGAACUGGUCCGAUGCCGACGUCCAGCUGAAGGAGCGCCUGCAGGCCGAGUUCAAGAAGGACCAGCAGAUCUACCUGGAGCAGCGCACCAAGUACGAUGCCACCCUCACCGACGAGCAGCGCGCCGAGAUCAAGCAGCUCAAGCAGGAUCUCGUCGACGCCAAGGAGCGCCGCCAGCUGCGCAAGCGGGUGAAGGAGCUGGGCCGCCCCAAGAAGCCCGCCUCCGCCUUCCUGCGUUUCAUCGCCAGCGAACGCACCAACACCCCGCAGGGAGCCAAGCAAACCUACCGCGAGUGGCACCAGAAGACCACCGCCAAGUGGACCCGCCUCUCCGACUCCGAGAAGGAGGUCUACAUGCAGGAGUCGCGCAAGGAGAUGGAGCUCUACAGAAAAGCGAUUUCCGUUUGGGAGGAAAAGAUGAUCCGCCUGGGCCACAUCGACGUGGUGCGUCACGGCAAUCUUAUCGAUCCGCCGGAGCCAAAGACCCGCAAGACGCAGGCCGCCAAAGAGAAAUAGUGCUAGCUGCUCGGCAACCGCCUUCUGCCAUCACAUAAUUCAUAAUUCAC